AUGCAGAGUGUGUUCUACGAAGACGAUGAGAACUUGUUAGGCGAGGAUGCCUCAACGCCCACUAACACCCAUCCACCAGCGCCAGGACAGCAGCAAGCACAUUCAUCUUCUUCAUCUUACCUGAUGAUUGGAGAGAACAUGGUGCGGACUGCCUCUGUCGCCAAUGAAGCUGAUGCCCCUGCCUCACCUGUGGGCACCAGCACUGAUGGAGUCAUGAUGAUGCAGUAUCAAAUUAAAUUUGUUUGGUUGUCAACAGAUCCCUCAGAUCUACGCGGCGUCACCCACGGCAACCAGCUGCAUGCUGGUGCCCAUGCCCAAUGCACACCUGCUCAAUUACGACAACUACAAUGGACCCAUCAACUUCCACUCACCUACAUCACUUGA